AUGGGUUGUGGUUCUUCCAGUUCUGCUGUUAUUAUAAAUCUUGAUCGACCAGAUCCAUUCUAUUUUGCUGGUGAAGUCAUAUCGGGUGUAGUACAAUUUAAUGUUAAUGAUGAAACAGUAGAGGUGGAUGAACUUGUUUUGAAAUUUGUUGGCGAAAUUGGUUAUACGACACGAUACAGAAGUAGUCGGACAACUCAUACACAACAUCAUGCAGUAGCAAUUAUUAAUACAAACCAUGUUUUAGCACAUCCACCAGCCGGUCAAAAAGAAUUGACGUAUGGACGAGGUCCAUAUACAUUUCCAUUUCAAUUUCAAUUACCUAACAAUCUUCCACCUUCACUGAAUCCACAUGUUCGAUACUAUGUACAAAUGUAUGUUGAUAAAGCAUGGUAUAAAGCCAAUACACAAGAAAAUAAGUACAUAACGAUAUAUCCACAUGUGAAUAUAAAGAAAACUCCAAAUUUUUU